CAAAAGAAGCAAUGGAAUCCCAGGGAGGGAUUUUCCAGGCUCUGUCUCUGACCUCUAAGGUGGAACUGUCUUGGUUUGAUGCCAGAUAACGCUGCACUCUUCCUGUGCCUCCUUCAUCACAGCAGCCGCUUGCUCUAGAAGGGCCUUCCAUCAUCCCGUCUCCAUCUCCAAAUGACGGGACAGACUGAGGGUUUGUAACAUCUUUCUAAGUAACCUCCCUCUAAGGGACAUGAGAAGUUAUCUAGUGCCAGUCUUUUGGAAGGAUUUUGAAAGGAAACUGUUAAACCAAUGGGCACUCCAGGCUACAUAUGUUUUGGGAAUAUUGGGAUUAUUCUCUCCACUGAUUUGGGGAAAUCUACCUACAGACUGGUCUUUCCCACCGGCAAGGAGUUAAAAGAUGGAGUGGUUUAAAGCCUAGGGCAGGAUAAGAUUUACCUGGUAACUGAUGAUGCUAGGCUGAAGCACUGAGCCAUUUGUCUCUACGUUUGUCCCCACCUACUUCACCGAUCUGACCACUCUUAGUUUGAAACUGUGACUUAGAAGAGCUGGUAGGAACGGGUUUAGUAUCUAGGGGCUGGGUGGCUCCAAAUCACGAAUUUAGUGGGGAUCGAGGAACUGGGGCAAUACUGUAUUCCACGCAGGAUCUGGAGAUCAUCUAUCCAGGCUGGGGCUUCUGGAGCAGGCGAGGACCCAGGGCCCCUGGAAGAACUGGUCCAGGGGACUGAAUUCCCAGUGUGUUCCUAGAGCAGAGCAUGAACACACUCCUGCCAUUGCUGCUAGGCCUCAGCCUGGGCUCCACCAGAGGAGGUGCCUUUUUAGCCCAUGUGGAAAGCACCUGUCUGUUGGAUGAUGAUGGGACUCCAAAGGAUUUCACAUAUUGUGUCUCCUUCAACAAGGAUUUGCUGACCUGCUGGGAUCCCCAAACAUCCCAAAUGGCCCCUUGUGAAUUUGGGGUACUGAGUAUCUUGGCGAAUUACCUCUCAGAUUACCUCAACCAACAGGAAAGCCUACUCCAGCGCUUGUCUAAUGGGCUCCAGGACUGUGCCACACAUACCCAGUCCUUCUGGGGAUCACUGACCCACAGGACACGGCCACCAACUGUGCAGGUAGCCAAAACCACUCCUUUUAACACGAAGGAGCGUGUGAUGCUGGCCUGCUAUGUGUGGGGCUUCUAUCCAGCUGAUGUGAAUAUCUCAUGGAGGAAGAAUGGGCAGCCUGUCCUCCCUCACAGAAGUGCCCCUAAGAUGGCUCAGCCCAAUGGAGACUGGACGUAUCAGACCGUCUCUCAUUUAGCCACAACUCCCUCUUUCGGGGACACCUACACCUGCGUGGUGGAUCACAUCGGGGCUCUUGAGCCCAUCUGCGAGGACUGGACACCUGGGCUGUCCCCGAUGCAGACACUGAAGGUUUCGGUGGCUGCAGUGACUCUGGGCCUGGGCCUCAUCAUUUUCUCUCUUGGUUUGCUCAGCUGGCGGAAAGCUAGCUCCUCUGGCUACAUUUUCCUCCCUGGGUCCAGUUAUCCAGAAGGUCAACACAUCUCCUAGAGGCAGGGUCCUACAACUUCUGCUCCAAGGGAGGAGGAGAUUCAAACUCUUAGUGAUGCUGCUGUGUCCCCUCAACAUCCUCAGACCCUCCAAAUUUUCUUGGAUCCUAUGGUUUCUCCACCCAGAUCUUUGAACUUCCCAGCCCACCCCAUGUAAACCUUAGUGAGUUGGGGGAACUUGUUCCUGGGAAUAUUCUGUAACCAAGUUAAUAUCCAAGGCUAUGUUUCUGGGGCAAAUGCAGUCUGGGGAGGAAGGUUAAAGGCCCUUGUGGGGCCCACACUGUGCCAUGGGGGCCAGUGAGUCACUGGUGAUCAUGUCUGAGGAAUAAACUCUGGUGGAAAUAA